AGAAGCCGCUAUAUAAUCUCUAUUCUACGUUCUUCUUCCUUCAGCUCUUCUGCAUCUUGACCUAUCAAGCCGUCGUCAUGGUUAAGUACUCAAGAGAGCCCGAUAAUCCCACCAAGUCCACCAAGGCACGAGGUGCAGAUCUUAGAGUUCAUUUCAAGAACACUAGGGAAACAGCGUUUUCCAUCAGGAAGAUGCCCUUGAUCAAGGCUAAAAGGUACUUGGAAGAUGUUCUUGCCCACAAACAAGCCAUUCCAUUCAGACGUUUUUGCCGUGGUGUUGGGAGGACAGCCCAGGCCAAAAGCAGACACUCCAAUGGACAAGGGAGGUGGCCUGCCAAGUCUGCUAAGUUCAUCCUUGAUUUGCUCAAGAAUGCAGAGAGUAAUGCCGAAGUGAAAGGUUUGGAUGUUGAUGCACUAUAUGUUUCCCAUAUCCAAGUCAACCAAGCACAGAAGCAAAGACGCCGAACAUACCGAGCCCAUGGAAGAAUCAACCCUUACAUGUCAUCCCCAUGCCACAUAGAGUUGAUUUUAUCUGAAAAGGAAGAAGCUGUUAAGAAAGAGCCUGAGACCCAGUUGGCUUCUAGCAAGAGGAAGGCUUAAACUCUACCAAGUGGCACUUUGUCUUGAACUCUUGGUUUAUGUUAAGAGAACAAUUUUGUUGCCAUGUUUUAUUUUCUUUCAUUAUUUGUAUGAGAUAUUUGUAGGAUAAAGAUUUCAAACUGUUAAGGUUAUACUGUUUUGAAUUAUUGAGUCAAUUUGGAAACUUUUGUUUUUAUCUAA